AAUGAUUUAGAAGUUCAGGAAUCCCACGUGACGUCACCGGGGGGGUGAUGUAAUGCACUCUAAAUAGAAUGUAUUGUAAUCUUUGCUCAGUCCAACGUGGUCCCUUCACCCGGGCUCGGCUCUUGCCUUCUCCACACUUGUUUGGUCUGUCGACACACCCCGUGUCCUUUUCGAACGAGGGGCUUAUGAAUGUGGACUACCAGAUUUAUGAGGAUUCCAAGAUGAACUUGGAGCAGGAGAGGCCAUUUGUCUGCAGUGCUCCAGGCUGCUCCCAGCGUUUCCCAACAGAGGACCACCUGAUGAUUCACAGGCACAAGCAUGAGAUGACACUGAAGUUCCCUUCAAUAAAAACAGACAACAUGCUAUCAGAUCAGACUCCGACGCCCACGAGAUUUCUGAAGAACUGUGAGGAGGUGGGUCUCUUCAGUGAGCUGGACUGUUCCUUUGAGCAUGAGUUCAGGAAGACUCAAGAAGAAGAGAACAGCAAGCGGAAUAUCUCCAUGCACAAUACAGUUGGUGGAGCCAUGACGGGGCCUGGAGCUCACCCUUUGGGCAGCACGCGGAUGCCCAACCACGACACGAGUGUUGUGAUUCAGCAAGCCAUGCCAUCGCCCCAGUCCAGCUCAGUCAUCACACAGGCCCCCUCCACCAACCGCCAGAUCGGGCCUGUCCCAGGCUCUCUAUCAUCUCUGCUCCAUCUCCACAACAGACAGAGGCAGCCCAUGCCGGCCUCCAUGCCUGGAACCCUGCCCAACCCCACCAUGCCAGGAUCUUCUGCCGUCUUGAUGCCUAUGGAGAGACCAAUGUCAGUAAACUCCAGCAUCAUGAGCAUGCAAGGCCCGAACCUCAGCAAUCCCUGUGCUUCUCCCCAAGUUCAGCCAAUGCAUUCAGAAGCCAAAAUGAGGCUGAAGGCCGCCUUGACUCACCACCCUGCUGCCAUGUCAAAUGGGAACAUGAGCACCAUCGGACACAUGAUGGAGAUGAGGGGCUCCCGGCAAGACCAGACGCCUCACCACCACAUGCACUCACACCCGCACCAGCACCAGACGCUGCCGCCCCACCACCCCUACCCGCACCAGCACCAGCACCCUGCACACCAUCCCCACCCGCAGCCUCACCACCAGCAGAGCCACCCCCACCACCACUCCCAUCCCCACCUUCACGCACACCCGGCACACCACCAGACCUCACCACACCCACCCCUGCACACCGGCAACCAGGCCCAGGUCUCACCAGCCACACAACAGAUGCAGCCAACACAGACAAUACAACCGCCCCAGCCCACAGGGGGACGCCGGCGAAGGGUGGUGGAUGAGGACCCAGAUGAGAGGCGGAGGAAAUUUCUGGAAAGGAACCGGGCCGCCGCCACCCGCUGCAGACAGAAGAGGAAGGUCUGGGUGAUGUCACUGGAAAAGAAAGCAGAGGAGCUUACCCAGACAAACAUGCAGCUUCAGAAUGAAGUGUCCAUGUUGAAAAACGAAGUAGCCCAGCUGAAACAGUUGUUGUUAACACAUAAAGACUGCCCGAUAACAGCCAUGCAAAAAGAAUCACAAGGAUAUUUAAGUCCAGAGAGCAGCCCUCCCGCGAGCCCUGUCCCGGCCUGCUCCCAGCAGCAAGUCAUCCAGCACAACACCAUCACUACAUCCUCCUCGGUCAGCGAGGUCGUGGGGAGCUCCACCCUCAGCCAGCUCACUACUCACAGAACAGACCUGAAUCCCAUUCUUUAAAAGGCAGUGGUCAGACCUGGCCUCCGAGAAAGGCAGCAGGUCAGACCGGCCCUCGAGAAGAGCCGUAGCAUGCCAUACAUCCUUUCUCCAAAGGGCAUUUUUAGAAUUAACUCAGACCUGGAAGACGCCUCAGCCCUUCAAAGACUGGCUUUCAUUUUUAUAGUUAUUAUGGAAAUGUUGUCUUUUAUACUUAGUUAUAUAAGAAAAAGGGAGUUAUGCAAUGAAUAUCCAUCUAUCAGCUUGGGAAGCGCAUUGGUGCUUUUCUCCAGUUUUCUGGUACCAGGUUCUUGUUUAUAAACGGAACCUUUCCUGUAUAUAGCCAUGGUUUCCUUCUUACUGGUCCAACCCCUUGCCUGGAACAAGGAAUCUUCUUAACUACAGCUUUUAGCCAAAAUGAGGUAUACUUCAAUGUUAAGUGCGAUGGAUCCACAGUAACUGGGUGGGAAAUCUGAUGAUGUCGUAAGUCAUGCUGAGUUCAUACUGCGAUGUCACCAGAAUCUCACAUAAACACAUGGGCCUUCCUGAAAUUUUUUUUUUCUCUUGCUAGAAAAAAAGAAAGCAUGGUCCGUCGAUGUCCCAAAAAAGCCACCAAGCAUCUCAGGCCCUCUUCUCUUGCUCUUGUCCACCCUCUCAGAUGUUCAAUACUCUUCUCCAUGACUACCUUCCUGGAUCCCUUGUUUACUCUCUGUUUUGACCUUCUUCUGCCUUUUCCACUUUAGCUUUGCAUGUGAAGAAGAUAAUGUUUAAAGAAGAGAAAAAGCAAACCUUGAAACUGUGGACCUAGCCAUUGCUUGAUUUGAGUUUAACUCACAGCUGGAGUUCAUUCAACUCUUACCUUUCCGCAAAGCAGUAACCAGGAGAUGCUUAAUGUGCUUGAUUUAAUGUUUUUAAUAACCACAGCAAAUAAAAGGUGGUUUGGUUAUAGCUGAAGCACUGUUGAAUGCCAGCUGUGGAGACACUAGGGAAGGGGACUUUGUGAGCCCCAACUGUGAAAAUUCAAAUUAGGAUGUGGGCUCUCACAUCACACCCUGGAAUUACAACUUGCUUCUAUAGCCUGUCUAUAAUGUUCAAAAAUCCUGUACUAUAAAAAUUCUGCACUAUAUAAUAGUUCAGAAGGGCUCUGUUCAAGACACAGAUCACAUUGUUCAAUCAUCAGCUGCUAAUAGCCUAAGAUUUAUUAUUAUUAUUAUUAUUUUUUCUUAAGCCUAUGGAACCAGCUCUGCUGUUCUGGUGGGCAGAAGCAUACUCAGAUCUGGAGAAACAGAGAGGAAGCAAGACCAGUGUUUCUGCAGGGUGCUCUUGGCCUGCCAGAUGGUCACAGACUCUGGCUGCUGACCGAGUCCCGCAGAGAGAGCCAGGCUGGUGCACUCAUCUGGAUAGUUGUGAUUUAUGUUUUCAGCAAUUUCCAUGGACUUGCCCAUUAUGAAAAGCAGAUCAAACCCAAACCACAGUUGUGCCUCCUUGAAAUAAGCCAUUCUCCUCUGCUAGUGUUUUCAUACCAUGUUUCACAAAUACUAGGAGCUAGUAUUUCUCACUAGCAGUGUAGGCAUAUGCUGGUGUUUCAUCUCUGCCCAAAUACUUCACCUCCUAACGUGUGUAUCUGUGUGUGUGUGUGUGUGUGUGUGUGUGUGUGUGUGUGUGCACUCACGUGGGUGUGUAUGGCUGAGGGUGUGUGUGUGUGUUUCUGAACAGUGUAGGUUUUAAAAGAACAGUAUUUUGCAAAAGCUGUCACUUUUAUAAGAGUUCAGUAAAGGAAGGAUGUACUUUUUUGCUCACUAUAGUUUAAAAAUUCUAUUUUAGAGGAAGAAAAAAAAGAAAAUAUGAGGGCUCUGAAGCAUGAUUUUUAUAACUAGUUUCAGUUUUAUCUAAUAAUUUCCUUUAAAAAUCAAUAAUUAUCAGCAAUUUUUUCCAUGUAUGUUGUGCUUUCGAGAGGCAAGUUUGGCUCUUCAGUAAAGCUUAAGGACAUACGGCCUAAGAAUCAAAAACAAAUGCAAAAAAAAAAAGUAAAAAGAAGAAAAAAGAAAGAAAAAUGAAAAGAAAAGAAAGAAGUUUGAGUGAAGAAAAUUUUCUAUUGUAUUUUAGGAAAGUGUAUCAUUUUCAAGUAUUUUAAAUACUGAAUUAAUAUUGUUAUUAUUAUUAUUAUAAUUAUUAUUUUGUAAUUCCAGCAGUAACAAAAUGGUUUAAGCUAACUGGCCUUCCAAGAAAUGCUUAAGCCUUAGAUUUAAAAGAAGUUAACAUUCAUAGCUCUGGUUUGAAAUCAAAAGUAAUUUUCUGCAAGAUUCCUUCUUUAGACCAGGUAGGUGUUCAGUUCCCCUCAAAAGACAAGGGGUGCAAAUUGAAGUGGCGGAGCUUGUAGCUUUUAUCUUAUGCUUGUGUUGAGUGAACAGGACCCUUGCCUCUUUGCCUGCAUGUAUAGCACCUGAAGAAAUGGAGGGUUUUUUUGUUUUUGUUUUUUAAUCCACUAAUAAUACCACAAUGUCCAGGGAGUGCUCCACCACUAAAAUAAUGCUGUUAGGUUGACCCCUGUCCCGUCUCUCCACUGAAAUAGUUAGCUGUUAAACUGGCUACCUUUGCAGUUAAGAACUUGACUGAGUUUUCUUAAUUCAGUAACUGGACAGCUUGACUGGUGUGCGUUAUUUAUAGCUCAAUUAUGUCUGUUUUUUAUGCUAAGUAGGCACGCCACCACACACAGCAAACCUUUCUCAACAUGUAAUUAGAAUAAACCGCCUUCUUGCUGUGUGCGGGGCCUUUGGUGUGUUUGUUUGCAGUAUGGCUACAGUGAGGGUGCCAGCUUGGCCACUGUUCUAACUUCUUGGUGAAACCUAACUCCUGCUUUAUCCCUAGUAGAGAUCCCACAAUAAAGGCCCAUCCUUCCCCAGAUCGCAGAGUCUGCCUGAAAUGACCCUGCGCUGCCUGCCAUAAGCCGGCCACUCUGGGAGAGCGUCCUUCUUAGUUCCUUGUAAUUGUCUUCUCCUAGCCAGUUACCAUGUCAGCAGUGCAGGCUUUUGAGAGCCAAUGGUAACGGCCUUCAGAGCCCCCAUCCACAGGAGGGAAGGAGAGUCCCGGCAGCACCGUCCCUCCUUCCUCCUGUGUGACUCCGUUAUCACAGGAUCUGCUUCUCCAGUCCCUGCCAGCCACCUGGGCACUUCUCCAGGACCUCCCAGCCUAGUGUGCCAACAGCUGGUAACUCAGUACACCUCACUCACCUAGAUAAAGGCAUCGCACGCUAAUUGUUUCCCCGUGACACCUUUCUCAAUCAGUAAUGCUGGCACAGAGAGAUGGAAAGUCCCAGUCCCGGAUGAAUAUGCUAAUCUCAAAGCGAGAUGUGGAAUUAGAUGUGGUCUCCUGGGGACCCUAGCCCUACGUUCCCCACCCUCACGUCAACGCGUGCGGUCACACCAUCUUAACACAACCUGUGGGCGACAGGUUGGUAUGCGUCUUAAGAAUCGGGGUGACUUGCUCAGCCAGCGCUCCUUGGAGCUCAGCUAGCUAAAAUGCAGUGCAUAUUCCGAGAGAGACGGCUGUGGGGGAUGUUCAGGUGACUGUUGCCUGCUCUGAAAGCAAAUUAUAGUGGCUUGGAGUUUGCCGUUAAAAUCAUAAACCAGCUUCAAAAAACAAAAAGCAAAAAACCCAGCCCUUAACUGGGAUUGUUUUUAAGCACCAGUAACAUCUAUAACACUAGCCUUUCAGUUAGGAUAGAAUGUCCUCCUUUUUGAGUAAUAAAACCAUCUAAGAGAAUAUAUAUGUAUGUAUGUACAGUGGGAUUCAAGGACCAAAGCGAAAUUUGAACAGGAAUCUAUUAAUUUAGAAUUUAUAAGAUAUUUAUUAAUAAAUGUUAUUUUAAACAUUCCAUUUGAACAGUAUUCUUCUGUAGGCUCUGUGUGUCUUGAAAAUGUUAGUUCAUAAUAGCCCGCCCUAGUUAGGGUGCCAUUUUUCAGGGUCUUGGAUGGCUAUUUUUAUCACUUGCUGGAAGCCCAUGCUUAGAUCUCUGUGCAUCUUCUAAGGCUUGUUUACUUGUCUGUGAGCUAUUGGUUAAUCUACAGUCUGAGCAAGAUUUUUUAAACAGACAAACAUUUAUUUCUUCUUUUUAUUUUUAAAGUAAGCUCUUCCGUUUAGGAAGCAAAUUCAACUAAAGGGUAUCAGUGAUGAGAAACAGAACUGUUUUUUGUUUGUUUGUUUGUUUGUUUAAUAACAUAAAAUGCCUUCUUCCCUACUUCUCUUCACUGUGCGCCCAUCUCCAAGAACACCUUGCACUACUCAGCUCCCUGGAGCUGCCUGGCCCCUCCCUGAACAAUGUGCAGCAGCUUUAAGCCUUUCAAACUUUCCCCUCCCCCACCCCAUUGUAUCUGAAGGGAAAAGGAAUCACUUUCCCAGGAUAGAUCUGUGCCUAUGCAACAGCAGUGAUUUAGAACCUCUUUUCUGCUUUUUUAAAAUAAUUUAUAUUUUAAAGUUGCACUUUAGCUCUUUGAACCCCUUCCAUAUCUCUGCUUCUCCAUCUAACCUCUUUCUUGAACUUCAACUUGCCUUGGCUUUCCCCUUUACAACUGUUUUGUGAAGGCUCUGUGCUGCACCAUUUCAAAUGCCUUCCAGAAAAUUUACACCGACAGAGUGUGUGCGCACUCCCUCCUAGUGUAGCUAAGCAGCGCUUCUCACAGCCUCGUGAAGCCUGCCGAAGAAGAGCCAACACAGUAUGAUUUGCCCCCUUGAUUGCUUUCUUCCUUGCGUGGUUUUGAAAAUUGUGAUAUUAUGCAAUGGAUGUGAGGCGGCGUAUGAGUUUCCUAUCUCAUCCUCUAAACCAAAGUGUCCUGAAUAAGCCAGGAGACUUAUCCCCACGUGUGCCAUGAUGCGCGCCUCAUUGUUGCCAGCCAUCGUCUUUCCAAGGCUGCGGAGGAAAGAGUGGCACUGUCCUCCCAUUUCUGAGUCUCAAAAAUACAAUGUUGCCUUGUGGCAUGAUUAAGGACAGCACCUCUGUUUUAUAAUUAGAGUCUAAGGGAGGAUCAGAAAACAUAGGAGCAAUAAACUUACAAGUAAAAAUCCUAUACCAAAACACUCAUAGAACUUUUCAAAUCUGCCUGUUUCAUGGUGUCGUGACAACAGAAAUGUGUCCCUGUGUUCAAAGUCUCUUGUUAUUCUUUGUGGAAUUUUUCAGUGAUGUAAUGCUUGUAGCCAAAUUGCUUAAAGAGUGUUUAUAUAUUUUUUCCUUAUAAAUCAUCUAUUUUUUUUGAAAAAGAAAAACCUAUUUAACUGCAAACUGAAGAUAAGGUAAAGCCAAUUUGCCAGCAUUUGUUCAGACAUUAAUACCAUUAAGUGGCCCUCUGAUACCUUUCCAAGCUGAUCAUCAGAAAGGAAUCAAUAAUCAACUGCUAUAUUUAAAGCAAGUUAAAGAAUCCAGCUCACCGGAAGCCAGGGCCUAGGAAGCUCUCCCUUCACCAUUUAAGGUUCUCCUGCCUUGGGGUUCAUAUCCUAGAACUUUACAGGAAUUAAAAAAAACAAAACAUGAAAUCAUUUCACCUCGUAUUGAAAAAAUGUGAGACCUGAAUAAAUUGGCUUUAAAUAUAUCAUUAAAAUCUUCCACACACUCAGUGCAUUACAUUCUCACUUGCUCCUUUAGCAUGCCCACACUGCCGAAAAUGCAAGUAGUGAUGCCCCAAUGCAGGGAGUUAGGAGAAAGGACCCCUCAUUAGCAGCUGUGGGCAAGACGACCUGCCUACCCCUUCCCUUCCAAGAUCUGUGCUAAUCUCAUCUGCCUCACAGAGACAGACGCUGCCUUUGAGGAUGGUCUCUGAGUUUAAAAAAGAAGUUUGAAAUGUCCUCCAUAGAAAGUACACAAUACUUGGGAUCUUCUGAAAAGACUCCCAAAUAAUGGCCCUAUUCAAACAUAAUGUUCUGGGACAAUUGGAAUAGAAACAUUGUCCAAAAAUAUAAUAGAAAAAUGAAACUUAGCACUGUGUAAAGUAAGUGUUGACUGAAACACCUCCUCCCUGGAAAAAAAAAGGUGCCGUCACUUUAAGUUCUGGACUUGGGGUUGUUUGUCAUUGUAAACAGCAAAGCCUUUGUGUUUGUGUGUAUGUCUAUAAAGCAACCACCUUCCAAUUGGAGGGAGAAAGAAACCUUGCGGGGGUGCAUAUGUCAUAUGUGUAAAUAUUUGCUGCAUCAUUUUAAUGUGUUUAAUUUUUCUGUUUAGCUUUUGUUGCCUUGUGAACACAUUUAUUGUUACCAGUGGACAAUGAGUUCAUUAAGACUGUUCGACUAGGUCAGAUUUUUACUUCUCUUUCUAGCAAGAAGAGACAAGAUUUUGUGCAUUUGUACAAAUGUUAAUAAUAUCACUGCAAUUCCAGUAUAAUAAAGCACUCAAAUGCAAAUAA